AUAGGGGGCGACAACACUUCCUAGUUGACGUGUGGUACGUGCUCGUAGAUAUUGCUUGCAUGGAUCGCUACAGUGGAUGCUAAUGGACAUUCAGCACAAAGAUAUGUAAAGACAAAAGUCAACUGCAACCUCAGUACGUUUACUGCAGUUUCCGCAUGUCAUCAUUUGGAUCAAGUUCCCCAGAAUGACCCAUUCACGACCCAACGAGUUUAUUCCACCACCGGAGUGCCCUGUCUUUGAGCCCAGUUGGGAGGAAUUUGCCGACCCUUUUGGGUUCAUCAACAAAAUACGUCCAAUUGCAGAAAAUACUGGCAUCUGCAAGAUACGACCACCCCCGGGAUGGCAGCCACCAUUUGCCUGCGAUGUGGACAGACUUCAUUUCACCCCACGCAUUCAGAGGCUCAACGAGUUGGAGGCCCAAACCAGAGUAAAGCUCAACUUCCUGGACCAGAUAGCAAAGUUCUGGGAACUGCAGGGCUGCACUUUGAAAAUUCCUCAUGUCGAACGCAAAACCCUGGAUUUGUAUGUGCUCUACAAGCUGGUCAAAGAAGAGGGAGGCUUUGAUGUGGUCUGCAAGGAACGAAGAUGGACUCAGAUUGCAAUAAAGAUGGGCUUUGCUCCCGGCAAAGCAAUUGGCUCUCACCUGCGUGCUCAUUAUGAGAGGAUUCUCUACCCUUACUAUCUGUUCCAGGCUGGAGCUAAUCUUAUGCAGAACGCCCAGAAGCCAACCCUGACUAAUGACACCAAAGACAAGGAGUAUAAAUCCCAUGAUCUGCCCCAGCGCCAAUCAGUGCAACCGGUAGAAACUUGCACUAUCGCCCGCAGAGCCAAGCGAACAGAGGGGCGCUGUCUCAAAUCAGAACAGGGCGAAAUGAGCGAAAACAAGCCCAACCUGAGAAGGAGAAUGGGCUCGUGUGUGGCCAAACAAGAACCAGUGAAAGAAAUUCCCAUCCAGGUGAAACAAGAACCCGUUGAACCAACAACUGAAGGUGAAAAAUCAAAGGUGGAGCAGUACAUAUGCUUGGUGUGUGGGGGUGGAGGUGACGAAGAUAGACUAUUGCUUUGUGAUGGGUGUGAUGACAGCUACCACACCUUCUGUUUGAUCCCACCCCUCCAUGAUGUCCCCAAAGGUGACUGGAGGUGCCCCACAUGCCUCGCUAAGGAGUGUGGUAAGCCACAAGUUGCUUUUGGGUUCGAGCAGGCCCCCAGAGACUACACCCUCCGGACUUUCGGGGAUAUGGCGGACUCUUUCAAAUCAGACUAUUUCAACAUGCCUGUUCAUAUGGUUCCUACAGAGCUGGUGGAAAAGGAGUUCUGGCGACUGGUUAGCACUAUUGAGGAGGAUGUCACAGUGGAGUAUGGAGCCGAUAUUGCUUCAAAGGACUUUGGAAGUGGAUUCCCAGUUAAAAACGGCACCUUUAAAGUCUCGCCAGAGGAGGAGGAUUAUCUGAGCAGUGGCUGGAACCUGAACAACAUGCCAGUACUGGAUGCAUCUGUGCUGACUCACGUCACAGCAGACAUCUGUGGGAUGAAGCUCCCAUGGCUUUAUGUGGGCAUGUGCUUUUCCUCCUUUUGCUGGCAUAUUGAGGACCACUGGAGUUAUUCUGUCAAUUAUCUGCACUGGGGAGAGCCAAAGACGUGGUAUGGCGCUCCAGGCUACGCCGCCGAGCAAUUGGAAAACGUGAUGAAGAGCUUGGCUCCUGAGCUCUUUGAGUCCCAGCCAGACCUUCUUCACCAGCUGGUCACCAUUAUGAACCCAAAUCUACUCAUGGAUCAUGGAGUACCGAUUUUUCGUACAAACCAGUGUGCUGGUGAGUUUGUCAUUACCUUCCCGAGGUCCUAUCACAGCGGAUUCAACCAGGGAUUUAACUUUGCAGAGGCUGUCAACUUCUGCACGGCAGACUGGAUGCCUCUUGGACGACAGUGCAUCGAGCACUACCGAUCUCUGAACAGAUACUGUGUUUUCUCCCACGAUGAGAUGACUUGUAACAUUGCCACCAAGGCAGACAGUCUUGAGUUGGAACUUGCCUGUGCUGUCCAGAAGGACAUGAGCAUGAUGAUUCAAGAGGAAAAGGAGCUCCGUGAGAGAGUCUAUAAGCUGGGUGUGUGGCACUCCCAGCAGGUUGACUAUGAUCUAUUGCCAGAUGAGGACAGGCAGUGUGCUCAGUGCCGGACCACCUGUUACCUGUCUGCCAUCACCUGUCCCUGUAGCCCUGAGCAGCUGGUCUGUCUCCACCACAUUCAGGACCUCUGCUCGUGCCCGCCUAGCAGCUACACACUCAACUAUAAAUACACCCUCGCCGAGCUAAACCCACUUUUCCAGGCGUUGACAUCUCGUGCGGAGUCCUAUGAUGACUGGGCAUCAAAAGUGAACAAGAUUUUGAAAGCAGAUCAAGACAAUAAGAGUGAUUUGGAGGAUCUUCGUUCCUUGAUAGCAGAAGCAGAGAAAAAGAUGUAUCCCGAGACCGACCUGUUAAAUCACCUGCGUCAGGUCAUUCAGAAUGCAGAAAGGAGCGCUUCAAUGGCGCAACAACUUCUUAAUGGCAAGAGACAGACAAGGUAUCGCUCUGGUGGAGGAAAGUCUCAGAACCAGCUCACAGUAGAAGAACUGAGAUCAUUUGUCAAUCAGCUGUAUGAUCUGCCCUGUAACAUUCGACAGGCACCUUUUUUAAAGGCUCUUUUGAAUCGUGUCGAACAGUUCCAACAGCAGAGCUCCGAUCUCCUUGCAGAGGACAUGCCCAGUUCUUCGGCCCUCCAAAGCCUUCUAGAUGAAGGUGCAGCCCUGGAUGUGGAGUUACCUCAGCUGGCAGUGUUACGGCAGAGGCUGGAGCAGGCCCGCUGGGUGGAGGCCGUUCAGCAAGCCAGCGAUCAGCCAGCCAACCUCAGUCUAGACUGCAUGAGGAGACUCAUAGAUCAAGGGGUGGGCCUGGCACCUCACGCAUGUGUGGAAAGAACCAUGGCCCGCUUACAAGAGCUGCUCACUGUCUGCGAACAUUGGGAAGAAAAGGCUCAUAACAUGCUCAGUGCUAGACCUCGCCAUAGCAUUGAGACUCUUGAGGCAGCCAUACAGGAAGUGGAUGGCAUCCCAGCGUACCUACCCAGUUGUCUACAGCUCAAAGACUGCGUCAGCAGGGCCAGAGAGUGGAUAAAAGAAGCAGAUGCUCUUCAGGUUGGAGGGCGGAUCCCUGUUCUUGCUACCCUUUCUGAACUCGUGUCAAGAGCCAGAAGUAUUCCGGUAACGUUGGAGCCCUUGACCCGACUGGAAAGUUUAGUGUCUGAGGUGCAGGCCUGGAAGGAAAGCGCAGCUAAAACAUUCCUGUUGAGGAACUCAACCCAUUCUCUACUUGAGGUUCUGUGUCCUAGGUGCGAGACUGGGAGUCAGAAGUCAAAGUCUAAAAAAGUCAAGGAUGGCUUGAUACCUUGCAAGAAAGCUGAUGUGAAACUGGACUCUCUCUGUGAUGUGGAAAGAGCACUUUGUACAAGCAAAGAUACAGCUUCAGCAAUGGCCGCUCUGGGUGAUGUGCGUCAGAAAGAACUGGAGAGUCUGUUGAUUCUGAGGACCUCAAAUGAGUCAAAAUUACAAUCUUCGCCCAGUAGUUUGGCCCCCACCGUGUGCUUGUGUCACACCGUCCCUGCAGGCCCAAUGCUUCAGUGUGAACUCUGUCGAGAUGCCUACCACAGUGGCUGCGUGCCAGGGUUCAAAGACAUUCCGGCAGGACAGCCUUGGUUAUGCCCGCUCUGUAAGCGAUCAGAGAAGCCCCCUCUGGAUAAGGUGCUGCCUCUGCUGGCGUCCUUACAGCGGAUCCGGGUGAGACUUCCAGAGGGCGAUGCCUUGCGAUAUCUGAUUGAGAGAACAGUGCGUUGGCAACACAGAGUGCAGCAGGUUUCUCUUCUGACAGAGCAUCCUAUUGGAAAAGCGAGACACAUUUCUGGAACUGCAUCACCUCAUACACUGGACGAGAGCAUUGGUUCUUUCUACAUGCUACAGCCGUGCAUCCCUCUGGAUGGCCUCAGCACUGAGUUGGAAGAGCUGCUGGUAGAAGGUCUUCUUCUGCAGGUGACUUUACCUGAACUCCAGCAGCUUUACAGCAACCUGAUCAACAGGUUUUCACCACCCCAGCACUCCCUGCAGAGCAGCGAACAUGAUCAUCAGUAUCACAUCGCCCAAGACAGGAGCCCGCCCCACAAAAGCUCGCCUCACAGGAGCCCUUCCCACAAAAGCCCGCCUCACAGGAGCCCCUCGAUUCACAGGAGCCCCUCGAUUCACAGGAGCCCCCCACACAGCAAUGGACAGGAUGGCGUUCCAGAGAUUAGGAAGGAAUCCGAGAAGGUUGAGAAGAAAAACAAAAGACGUCUAGAGAAGGGAAACAUGGAUGGGCAACCCAGAGACAAGAUGAAGAAACCCAAGAAGAAGAAACCCAAAAUGGAUAAAGAAAGGAGAAGAGAGGAGAAGAGAACCAUCUCCCCAUCCAACUCUCUUUCUGAUCCAUCAUAUUCAGAAGACUCUGAGGAGGAUUGGUCUGUGUGCUCUGCUAAGCGAUGUCAACAGCCAGAAGGAACUGAGGUAAACUGGGUCCAGUGUGAUGGAAGCUGUAACCAGUGGUUCCACCAAGUUUGUGUGGGAGUGUCUGCUGAGCAGGCUGAAAAUGAGGACUACAUCUGCAAAACCUGUGCAUCAAAGAAUAUGACAGAAUGAGGACCAAACAAAUGUUUUUGGAAGGAUAGUCAAAAUGUCUCCCCGUUUUGCACAGAAGUUACAGCACCAAGAGCGCACCAGAUAUCCUCUUUUGAACCCCCCCCCACCGAAUACCGACCCUGCUCCCUUGGUGCUACCGCCUUCUUGAUAGGACUGUUAACAAAAAUCUGUAUGACUCUUCUGCUAUGGUUUUUUUUUUGUUUUUUUUUGUAUUUUUGAAGAUUACCUUCUAUAACAUUUUUCUUCUCUAGAGAACGUGAUGCAUAGAUGUACCUCAGGGGUUUCCAUCCCAUGAAUGCAAAACAAUAGGGGACCUUAGCUUCUCCACUUGUAUUUUUGUUGAUAUUUAUUUUUCCCCAGUCACCUUAGACUUUCUAAUGUGAAUUUAUCAAAUGACAUUGAUCUGGGCUAUUUACACCAAAUGAUAUUAAUUGGACUAAACAAAAUGGUCUAAACUUAUUUUUGGAACCUGCUGUUUUGGUACAUGUAUCUAAUAAUAUAAAAUAUUAUUUAUUUAUCCCAGCAAUAACUCGGCUGGUUACCCUGAUUUUCCGUAGCUUGAAAUCUGCUCCGAUCUGUUGCUUGAUGCAUUAGAAGUGUUUGUACAGAAUCCUAAUGUAGGUUUUCAGACAGGAGAUGUAGCAGGCAGAAGAAAAGGCUGUGUGAAAAAUACUUUGUGAUGUAUACUGUGGCUUUCUUUAAAACUCACAAAAUGCAUCUUUCUGAUGUUAAUUCAGUUGUGGAAUAAAAUGGUUUGUUCUCUCACCUAUAAACACUGACCUGUUUUAAUUAUGA